AUGCCAUCCCAGACACUCACACCCACUCCCCCAUCCAUCGCCCCAAACAAUCUUCUUAAGAAUGCAUCAAACGACCGCAUCUGCACUGCAUUCGGCAUAAAGAUCACCCCCGACACUUCGAUUGUGCACAUUGCGAAAUCAGCCGGAUAUGACUCCCUCUUUAUCGAUAUCGAACACACCUCCCUUACAAUCAAGGAUGCAAAUCAGCUCUGUAUAGCAGCCAACUCGGCAGGGAUUACUCCAUUUGUUCGGGUGCCUCAUCAAUGUGGUGAUGGAUUCAUUCAGAGAGUGUUGGAUCUUGGUGCGAUGGGCGUGAUUAUACCACAUAUCCACGGAGUCGAGGACGCAAAACGCGCUAUUCGCAUAUCGAAAUACGCGCCAUUGGGGAAACGAUCCAUCAGUGCUGGGUUCCCUCAGUUCGAGUUCGCACCAUUACCUGUGGACACCAUUACCACGGAGAUGAACGCCAUAGGGUCUACAGUAUUCAUUAUGGUUGAAACGGCCGAUGCUCUGGAAACUGUUGAUGAUAUCGCGGCCCUUCCCGGCUGUGAUGUAUUACUUGUCGGCUCCAACGAUCUGGCCUCAGAGAUUGGUACAUUGGGAGACUGGGAUGCGCCGGCGUUCCUGGACGCUCUGGAGAAGGUCGGCAAUGCAGCGAAGAAACAUGGAAAGUUGAUGGGAAUUGCAGGUCUGUAUCAUCGCCCUGACAUACUAGAAAGGGUCAUCAAUGAGUUUGGGGCGAAGUGGAUUGUUGGUGCACAAGACGUAGGCCUGCUGCUUCAGGGUGGAAAGUCGAAUUCUGCACUCUUGAGAAGUUUGGAGAAGACUUCUUCAAAGAAUGGGACGUCCUAG